AUGUUAAUUAGCAUAGGAAGCAAUCAUCAACGAGAAAAAUGUCCUAUUUUUAAAUUGCCUUAUAACCUGACCUUUGAUUCAUUCUUAUUAUUUCGUUUGCACUCUGCUCAGAUUGCUCUAAGUCACAUCUCAGUGGAUUUGGUUCCAGUGCCACGUGGCUUGCACAUAACAACCAUCGUGCGAGCCUCAGCAGGCCAAGCGACAGGAGUAGAGAUGGAGGCGUUGACUGCAGCCUCGAUCGCAGCACUCACCGUCUACGACAUGUGCAAAGCAGUGCAGCCCGGCACCAUCUGCAUCGAGUCACUGCGGCUAGUUAAAAAGUGCGGAGGCAGCAGUAGCUAA